UCUCCAUAUAAGGCAUAAACCUCACAGGUGAGGUGAGUGUAUCAACGUCAGCUACCACUGAUCCAUCUUGCAUAUAUAAGCACAAAAAUUUUCUCAUCACUCAAAAAUUUUCUCGGAAAAUUGCCUCACAUUUUCUCGGCGGAUUUUCCAUUCAUCUGAAUCUCAAUUGAAUUCAUUCUCGAUGUCUUCUUCAAACCACCAGCAACAGUUCCGUUACACUCAAACUCCAUCGAAGGUUCUUCACUUUCGCAAUCUUCCAUGGGAGUGUUCUGAUGAAGAACUCGCUGAUAUUUGUAGUCCUUUCGGUAAAGUCAUGAAUACUAAGUGUAAUGUUGGUGCUAAUCGGAAUCAAGCUUUUGUUGAAUUUGCGGAUCUAAAUCAAGCAAUUUCAAUGGUUUCAUAUUAUGCUUCAUCUUCAGAGCCUGCUCAAGUUCGUGGCAAGACUGUUUACAUUCAAUAUUCUAAUAGACAUGAAAUUGUCAACAGCAAAGGACCUGGAGAUGUCCCCGGAAAUGUAUUGCUGGUAACCAUCGAAGGUGUUGAAGCUGGAGAUGUGAGCAUUGACGUUAUCCACUUGGUGUUUUCUGCGUUUGGCUUUGUGCACAAGAUUGCCACAUUUGAAAAGACUGCAGGUUUUCAGGCUCUGAUUCAGUACACUGAUGCUGAGACUGCUGCUUCUGCUAGGAAUGCACUCGACGGAAGAAGCAUACCAAGAUACUUGCUUCCAGAGAAUGUUGGUUCUUGCAAUUUGCGUAUCUCAUACUCAGCGCACCGAGACCUCAAUAUCAAAUUCCAAUCCAAUCGCAGCAGGGACUACACUAAUCCUAUGCUUCCUGUUAAUCAGACUGCUAUUGACAUCGCAUUACAGCCUGUUGGUCCUGAUGGAAAGAGGAAAGAACCUGAGAGUAAUGUGCUUUUGGCAUUAGUUGAAAAUAUGCAGUAUGCUGUCACCGUAGAUGUUCUUCACACGGUGUUUUCUGCAUUUGGCACUGUUCAAAAAAUUGCUAUCUUUGAAAAGAAUGGACAAACUCAGGCACUGAUUCAGUACCCUGAUGUUACGGUAGCAACAGCGGCCAAAGAAGCUUUGGAGGGACAUUGCAUAUAUGAUGGUGGCUAUUGUAAGCUUCAUCUAACAUACUCUCGUCAUACUGAUCUCAAUGUAAAGGCUUUCAGUGACAAAAGCAGAGACUAUACAGUCCUCGAUCCCAGUCUCCGUGCAACACAAGUUCCUGCGUGGCAGAAUACUCAAGCUGCUCCUGUGUACCCUGGUUUACAGGGACAAAUGCCAUCAUGGGAUACAAACCAGCAGGAAGUUACACAAAAUUAUUUAUCGGCACCCAGUAGUUUUCCACCUGGUCAUGCUGUUCCUGGCUAUUCCCCGGCAGCAGUGCCCCCCGCCAGUGCCUCACCUCAUGCUCAUAUGCAUCCCAACUCAUUUUCUGGUACUUCUACUCCUGGAAUGCAACCUUAUUAUGGUUAGGUAGAUAGAUUUCAUCCGAACUAUAGAUUUUUUCUCUCCCAGAAAUUUUCAAGUUGGGUCUCAGAAUCACAUCGACUUUCAGUUUUGAUUUCUAGCGUCUCAAGUUUGACGCCUUUUGUCCAAAUUACCCACAUUUUCGGGUAUUAUCUUUACUUAUUACAUGAAUUUUUAUGUACUCAUUUAUUUAUUUGUUUAUUUUCUUCAUGCCAACCACCCUUCUGUGGUACAAUGCCAACCACAUUUUAUUUUGUUUGAUUUGGAUGCUAGUUUCUUUCCCUUGGUUUGUUCUUUUCUUUUUCUGCCUUUAGUGGGUGCGAGUGCAGACUCUUCUGCACUGCUUCA